AAGAUGACGCAACACGUCGCAAGAGCGCAGUCAUAGGUAAUGGUACUGUAACAAAUUUUAUAUUAAGAAAUAUAUGGAUUAAAUUAGUUAGAAAUUGUUUUCGUUUAAAUUAUAUUGUUUAAUUUAACGUGUUGUAUUCGUAAUUUAUAUAAUAUAUUUAUAAAAUAUUUCAAAUUCGUUCGAUUGUACGUAGUUACGUAUGUAUGCGGAUGAGGUUAGGUUAUGUGGAACGCAAUUUGUUAUUUCAAACGUUAAAUAUAUCGUAAGAUGGCUGUAAAUCUUAAUCAAAACGACUUAGGUAAAAUUUGGAAAAAGAUUAAUAUUCAGGACGAUCCGUUUAUUAUCUGUGUUACCAAAGAAAACAAUGCGUGGAAAAUUUUGCUCACCAAUUUUAAAGAAAUUUGGUCAGAAUGUUUGACCGAUGAGAAGAUUUUACAAAAAUCUAAGAAAUUAAAUUCUGUAUUAAUUAUCAGCGAUAACGAACACAUAGAAGUUGUGUUAGACACGUUAACCGAUAUUCCAAAAUAUGCUGUGGAGGUAUCUGUAGAUCGUAUUAAGUUAUUAAAAAACUUUGAAGGAGGUCAUUUCAAAUUUGAGGUUAAUUUUUCCAAGGGAACUACAGAAGAAUUCUGGGAGAACGUGACGAAACCAUUGUAUUUAUCUUCUAUAGAACUUAUGCGUAGACAAAAUAUAUUAACGGAUUUGAUUAAAAGAAAAGAUCAAGAAAUAGCAGAAUAUAAAGCAGAAGGAGCAGAAUUAAUAAGAAAAAAUAUUGAGACAAAAGUGUUCAAUGAAAAUCAACUAAAUACGCAUGCGAUUGAAGUAGAUGAAAAUAACUAUAUAGAUUCAUUUCAAACAGUAGUUGAAUUUUACAAUAAAACUUUCUCUAAACAAUCUGUAAAAAUAGAAAGAAGAAAUUCUGUUGUAUCGAUAAAUGCAAUUAAACAAGAGAGUGGAAGUAUUCCAGAUAGCUCUCGAGAUUAUGAAAGCACUAUCACAAAAGACGAACCAGAAAAUAUAUGUGCAUUGGAUAAAGAAGUUUACAUUUUUAUCGAUUGUCGGUAAGAAAAAAGAAAAGUCGAUAAAGAAAUUUAACAUCUUCGAUGCGAUUCAAAACGAAGUUCGAAUCAAGAUCAUAGGUAUCCUUUGCGUUUACCGAUUUUGCUGACGUCAUCGAAUACUACAAGAGAUCACAAGGAUGCGCAGUAAGUGAGAUUUUUGUAGAUCGUUAGCCGGUAGUAUUCACAAAACUACGAUCCAGGUAAGUCGCAAUUGUUGGCAUCUUUGAUUACAUCACGUUUACUAAUCAUGUAAAGAAUAGAACAAAGAGAGAGAAAGAUAGAGA